UACACUUUUUAAGAACCUUUCCUGUUGUGUGGUUCUUUUUCUUCCUUGCAGGAAACGAUUGUUCUUCUGCCACAGCAACGCUACAUGAAAACGAAGAGGAAAAAGGUGUCCUUGGAUUUAUCGAUCGAGUAGAACCAUCUAUACCGGCAGCGGGGAAAGGAGAAGCCAGCCUUACCCAGUGCAGGGAUCACCACAGUACAUUUGAGAGUCAGUCCAGGCCUGAGAGCUGGAGAGGAGACUGCCAAGGGAGUGAAGCAGACCUCCGCAAGAGCUUCAGUGAAACCAUGGCCUGGCAGGAGACUCCAGCAGGUGAGAGACAAAAGACUUGCAAAAUUUGUGGGGAAAAGUUCAGCUGGAGUACUGAUCUCAUCAAGCACAAGAGGACUCACACGGGAGAAAAACCUUACAAAUGUUUGGAUUGUGGGAAGUGUUUCAGCCAGAUAUCGGACCUUAACAUCCACAAGAGAAUCCACACGGGAGAAAAACCCUUUAAGUGCUCUCACUGUGGGAAAAGUUUCAGCAGGAGCACAAACCUUAUUGUGCAUGAGAGGAUGCACACAGGAGAGAAGCCCUAUAAGUGCUCCUACUGCGAGAAAACCUUCUGCGCCGGCUCGCAGCUUAUUAGUCAUCAGAGAAUCCACACAGGAGACAAGCCCUAUAAGUGUUUUGAGUGUGGGAGAAUCUUUAGUUGGAGCGCCACAUUUCGAAGACACCAGAGAAUCCACACGGGUGAGAAACCAUAUAAGUGCUUGGAAUGCGGCAAAAGUUUCAGUUUCAAGUCUGUCCUUAUUGCUCACGAGAGAACCCACACGGGAGAUAAGCCCCAUAAGUGUUCUGAAUGUGGGAAAAGCUUUAGUCAGAGGGCUCACCUUAGUAGUCACCAGAGAAUCCACACCGGAGAGAAACCAUUUCAGUGUUCACAGUGUGGAAAAAGUUUCGGUCUGAGGUCAGUUCUGAUGGCCCACGAAAAUACCCAUGUUUUGGAGAAGCCGCACAAGUGUUCAGACUGCGGGAAAAGUUUCAGCAACAAAUCACAGCUCACGAAUCAUCAGAGGCUGCACACGGGAGAUAAACCUUACAAAUGUUUUGUCUGUGAGAAAACAUUCAACUUGAGCUCCCUCCUUACUGGACAUUUGAGAACCCACACCGGAGAAAAACCGUAUAAAUGUUCACACUGUGAGAAGUGCUUUGGUGGCAGAUCUACUCUUGUGGCGCAUGAGAGGACCCACACGGGAGAGAAGCCGCACAGAUGCCCGGAUUGUGGGAAAACCUUCAGCCAGAAGACUAAUCUCAACAGUCAUCAGAGAAUCCACACUGGAGAGAAGCCUCAUAAAUGCCUGGACUGCGGAAAGGGCUUCAGUCAGAAAUCACACCUCCUUAAUCACCAGAGGGACCACACGGGAGAGAAACCAUUCAAAUGUGUGUGCUGCGAUAAAUGCUUUGGCGCCAGGUCCACCCUUGUGGCGCAUGAGAGGACCCACACGGGAGAGAAGCCACAUGAAUGCAAAGACUGCGGUAGGAGCUUCAGUCGGAAAGCGCACCUUGCCAGACAUGAGCGAACCCACGGUGCUGGCAAAGCAUUCUUGGUGCUCAGUCAGUAGGAAGGUUUCUGGGUGGCCAGAGACCAUCAGUGAAAGCAAACCCACCCUUGUAAAUAAACUAUAUAAUUUUCGCUGCAGGAACAAAGACAAACUUUGUUAACGUCCUCAUCCCAUCCACAUGUAAUUUUGGAAUAAAUCCGAGAGAUGGGGGGGGGGGUAUUUCCGAGUGACAUGCCUAGAUUUCGUUGCAUGCAUGAUGUCAUCAUUUCUGGGAACUUGUUUAGGGAUUGUUUUGUGCUUUUUAGGGGGGAGGAAGGAGCCGUAACUCGGCAGUAGAGCACUGAGCAUAGUGGUCAGUCCCUGAUGUCUCCAUUUUAAAGAAAGGAUCUAGUAAGCAGGAACCAACUCUGUACUAGAGGGGCCUACAACAAGCAUUGCAGUGUGGAAAAUGUCCAAAAGCCAAGCCUCUCCAUUCCAUUCCGCCUCUCCAGUUUCCAGGAUUUCACCGCUAAUCAGCAUUCCGUGGCAACUGAGCAUGCUCAGUCCUUAAUAGGAUUUCAUUCCAUAGCCUCAGUUUCCAGAUUUUCCUCCACCCCACAUCCCACAACAGUCUCGACAACAUUCCGUUGCCACUGAGCAUGCUCAGUCUUUAUUGGGAUGUUUUGGAGAGCUUCCCAACACCCCUUAAUAUUUUGGUUGUUGUUUUUUAUUAAAAAAAUACUACCAUAUU